GGCUUUGGGUUCCCGGGCCGCCCGGGAGCGCUAGCCGGGUGCCCCUGCCUCCCCCGCUCUCAGCGCUCCAUGCGCCCACCCCCGGCCCCAUGGAGCCGGGCAGCUAUGCCAGCGUGGACGGCGCCAAGGACCUGGAGGGCUUGCUGGGGGCGGGAGGCAGCCGGAACCUGCUCGCCCACUCCCCGCUGGCCAGCCACCCGGCGGCGCCCGCGCUGAUGCCAGCUGCCAACUAUGCGCCCCUGGACCUGCCGGGCUCUUCGGAGCCCCCGAAGCAGUGCCACCCGUGCCCCGGGGCGGCCCAGGGCGCGUCCCCGGCGCCCGUGCCCUACGGCUACUUCGGAGGCGGGUACUACCCCUGCCGCCUGGCGCGCGGCUCCCUGAAGCCCUGCGCCCAGGCCGCCGCGCUGGCCGCCUACCCCGCCGAGCCCCCCGCGGCCGCCGAGGACUUCCCCGGCCGCCACGCCGCCGAGUUCGCCUUCUACCCCGGCUACCCGGCCCCCUACCAGCCCAUGGCCGGCUACCUGGACGUGUCCGUGGUGCAGACGCUGGGCGCGCCCGGGGAGCCGCGCCACGACGCCCUGCUGCCCGUGGACAGCUACCAGCCCUGGGCCCUGCCCGGCGGCUGGAACAGCCAGGUGUGCUGCCAGGGGGACCAGAACCCGCCGCCGGGGGCCUUCUGGAAGACGGCCUUUGCAGACUCCAGCGCUCAGCACCCCCCAGAAGGCUGCACCUUCCCCCGCGGCCGCAAGAAGCGCAUCCCCUACAGCAAGGGGCAGCUGCGGGAGCUGGAGCGCGAGUAUUCGGCCAACAAGUUCAUCACCAAGGACAAGAGGCGCAAGGUCUCGGUGGCCACCAGCCUCUCGGAGCGCCAGAUCACCAUAUGGUUUCAGAACCGCAGGGUCAAGGAGAAGAAGGUCCUUGCCAAGGUCAAGACCAACACAACUCAGUGAGGGCGCUCCCUGGCUAGGGAGGUGGUGGGGGAAGGUGGGCGGCAUCCUGGGGAGACCAGGACCCUGCGAGGGACAGGCUGGGACCCAGGACUCUGUUGAGGGAUCCCCAGAGGAGACACUUUUUCCAGGCCGUGGCUCCUGUGCUGUUCUCCAGGGACAACCUGAGUGCCCCCUCUGUCCCUGUGAGCCAUGGAGGCCCAAGUGAACGCCUCAUCUGCCAGAGGACCUGUCCCAGGCAUUGGCAUUCACCCUGGCCGUGGUGAUCACCACCGUAACCAGUUCUAGUUGCCAUGGUAAUUAGUCUCCUUCUUUCUACUGGAGCUCUGCGAGCGAGCGUACAGAAACUGCUUUCAUGGAAUGAACUGAUCACUGAUCACGAAUAAACUUGGAAGGAGAUGGUG